CGGGUAUUUCCGGAUUCGCCGAUAACGGUUGGAAUGUUCAAAUCUUCGAUGCUAGUUUUGCUACUUCAGUGGUUUCUGAGUUAAGAAAGGGACUGAAGACGGAGCAAAGAAACCAAAAAAGGAGGUGAAGAGGAGCCUGGCUACGGAAUGACGGUGUUGCAGGAACCUGUCCAGGCUGCUGUCUGGCAUGCUCUGAACCACUACGCCUACCGAGAUGCUGUAUUCCUGGCAGAGAGGCUCUAUGCUGAGGUCCAUUCAGAAGAGGCACUUUUCCUGCUUGCCACAUGCUACUACCGCUCCGGGAAAGCAUACAAAGCCUACCACCUUUUGAAAGGGCACAGCUGCACUACGCCACAAUGCAAAUAUCUCCUUGCCAAGUGCUGUGUGGAACUGAGCAAGUUGGCAGAGGGGGAACAGAUCCUUACCGGAGGAGUCUUAAACAAACAGAAGAGCCAAGAUGACAUCAUUACUGAGUUUGGAGACUCUGCCUGCUUCACACUGGCACUGCUCGGGCAAAUAUACUGCAAAACAGAUCGGUUGGCAAAAGGAGCUGAAUGUUACCAAAAGAGCAUGAGCGAAAACCCUUUCCUGUGGUCUCCGUUUGAAUCUCUCUGUCAGAUCGGGGAGCGACCGGAUCCAGAACAGAUCUUCAGAUUGACUUCUUUGCAGAAUUUCAGUGGAGGUAUCCCCCCUCCCCCUAUCAGUCCUGCACACACACCUAGCAACAACAUGGGUCACCGGCAAGUCGACACGGUCCUGAUGGAGACUCCCCAGGACACACUGGAGCUCAAUCGCCUCAAUCUAGAAUCUUCUAACUCAAAGUACUCACUGAAUACAGACUCCUCUCUGUCCUACAUCGACUCUUCAGUCAUCUCGCCAGACUCAAUGCCACUGGGCAGCAGUGGCUCACUGCUAUCUAAGCAAGUCCAAAACAAACCCAAGAGUGGUCGCUGUUUGUUAGGUGCCACACUCAGCCCCCUCACACCAAGUUUUGGAAUUUUGCCUCUGGAGCCGAGCCCGGGGGACCCCACCUACCUGCAGAACUACGGUCACAGUGGGACUGGGAUGGAACCGCCUCCACCGCCUGGCCCUCCAAAGAAGGCCGUCAGUAGAAUCAGUCAAGUGGGUACGAAGUCAGUGUUUGCACAGAGCGGUAACAGCAGAGAGGUCAUUCCAAACCCUUUUAACCAAACUCUGACAAUUGCCCCGCAGACCAGUACUACACCGCAAGUGCUGAGCCCAACCAUCGCUGCUCCACCUAACGUGCAGCCACGGCGGAGCUCAAGACUAUUUACCAGUGCCAGCUCCACUGCCAAGGAAAACAGCAAGAAGCUAAAAAUGAAGUUUCCCACCAAGAUUCCCAACCGAAAAAUAAAAACAAAAACGGGUAAGGGAGGAAUCACCCCAUCAAACCUGAAUGAGAGCAUUGAGAUCCUCAAGUUGGACUCUUCCAUAACGGAGGGAAAAGGCAACAUUAGUUCACCGCAGUUCCAGGCCUUUAAUCUACAGAAGGCUGCUGCAGAUGGGCUGAUGACAUUGAUGCGUGACAUUGGGAGGGGCUAUCUCGCUCUCUGCUCCUAUAAUUGCAGAGAAGCCAUUAACAUCCUGAGCCAGCUGCCUUCACAUCACUACAACACGGGCUGGGUGCUGGGCCAGAUCGGACGGGCACACUUUGAACUGGCAGAAUACAUGCAGGCGGAAAGGAUUUUCUCUGAAGUGCGGCGUAUUGAAAGCUAUAGAGUAGAAGGUAUGGAGAUCUAUUCCACAACACUCUGGCAUCUGCAGAAAGAUGUGGCUCUCUCCGCCCUUUCGAAAGAUCUCACUGACAUGGACAAAAACUCACCAGAACCAUGGUGUGUAGCCGGUAACUGUUUUAGCUUACAGCGGGAGCAUGACAUUGCCAUAAAGUUUUUCACACGGGCCAUUCAGGUGGACCCCAGCUUUGCAUAUGCUUACACACUGUUGGGCCACGAGUUGGUUCUGACAGAAGAGCUGGAGAAAGCCUUGGGCUGCUUCCGCAAUGCUAUUCGCCUCAAUAAACGUCACUAUAAUGCCUGGUAUGGCUUGGGAAUGAUUUACUACAAGCAGGAGAAGUUUAACUUAGCUGAGAUUCAUUUCAAGAAGGCUUUGAGCAUUAAUCCUCAGAGCUCUGUGCUGCUCUGUCAUAUUGGAGUGGUUCAGCAUGCUUUGAAGAAAUCGGACCAUGCACUAGAGACCCUUAAUAGAGCCAUUAGCAUCGACCCUAAAAACCCGCUAUGCAAAUUUCACAGGGCCUCUAUUCUGUUUGCCAAUGAAAAGUACAAGGCGGCUCUGCAGGAGCUUGAGGAGCUGAAACAAAUAGUGCCCAAAGAGUCCCUUGUUUACUUCUUAAUAGGAAAGGUCUAUAAGAAGCUUGGCCAGACUCAUCUUGCACUAAUGAACUUCUCAUGGGCUAUGGACCUGGACCCCAAAGGGGCAAACAAUCAAAUCAAAGAGGCCAUAGAUAAGCGAUACCUCCCAGAUGAUGAUGAACCUGUCACUCCAGAUGACUACCCUUAUUAUUCAACAGCGGAAGUGGAAGAGUCACAGGAGAGCAGUAUGACAGACGCUGAUGACACACAGCUUCACACCACGGAGAGCGAUGAGGUUCUGUAGCCCCAUUGACAUCACUCUGGACUUGUACUCUGAAAUAAUGCCAAUCUGGGGGCAACGCAAAGACUCCAGCUCUGAAUAAGGAGGAAGAUGAAAAAAGGAAAACAAACUGCUGCUAAAAACAGUACCUCCUCAUUUCUGUCGGUUUAUUUUUGUCCUUCGUUCUUGCCUUUUUUUCUCCCCAUCACUGUUCCACCUUCCUGUCAUCAUGCCUUAGCAGUCUCUCAUCAGUCUGAUCUUCUGGUCCUGUCUCGCUUAUCGCAAACACAGUCCCUUGAAAAAUUCAAGGUUAGUUCAAGCUGAAAUUGCCCACAUCUGCCAAUGUCAGUGGACUAUUUAAGACUCGAAAAGAGAGCCACACACACAUUCAUGGAUGUUCAUGUCUUAAUGCUUAGGCCUUUUAUGUUAUUUGAUCAGCAUUGUCUCUGAAUAAAGACCUGUGUAAGAGUU